AGCACAACGCCACCACCGGCAUAUUACAGACUUUCGUAUGUCCAAAAAACGGUACACGAACACGACGGAAUUCGAUCAAAGGCCCAAAUCCGCCCCAACAUGAACAACACGAUGGCUGAACGCCCGGAGACGAUAGCAGAGAGCCUCAGGUUCGGCCAAAAGCAUUCUGAGUCUCGCCUCUCGAUCCCGACACCAGCACGUAUCCCACUGGCUGGGCUGAUUGGCUUUGGAAUCGGAACCACUCUGGGUCUCGCACAUGGAGGCCGGAUAGCUCAGCUGCGCUUCCGCGCCGAGCACGCGCACAAGAUGCCGACAACUACGACCGGGUGGUACCUCUAUCACAAAAGCAAGAAUUACCACACCAUGUACGGCGGCCUUAGGGAAGGCUUGACUAUGGGAGUUAGACUAAGCUUCUGGACUCUGAUGGCUUUCGGCUUGGAGAGCACCAUUGAUCGGUGUCGCGGCCAGAGCGAUCUCAUCAGUACUGUCUCGGCCAGCUUGACAGUGGCCGGUACUUUCAGUCUAUGGAACCGCUUCUCUCUUCCGACGGCGGCCCGCACCGCAAGAUAUGGUCUGCUGUUUGGACUGGUAUAUGGUGGAUUGCAAGACGCGGUUGGCCUUGCUCGGGGCCGUCGUAUUGGGUAUAUCGAAUCUCUCCGCCGGCGAUUUGGAUCUGGCAAGGCACCGAAAGCCGAUCAGCCGCAAAGUGGUUAA